AUGGCAUCCACUAAGAACUUGCUCUCUGUGCUAUUGAUGGCUUUUGUCCUCAUGGCUGUAGUAAGUGAAUUUGCAAAUGCAAGUUCAAUAACGGUAUAUCGUUUAGGAGGUUGCGGCGGCGAAAGUCAAACAUAUAGUAAUUGUGGAUGCACAAACCUUUUAUAUAUGGGUGGUUACUCAUUUUCUUACACUGGUCAAACUGCUAGAAUGUACAACACCGGGAAUUGUCUUGGUGGGGGUGUUUUUACUCUCACCGGUAAUGCUCGUAUGUGCAGCCCUGUUGGAUGGAGGAGUAUUAACAUCCAGUGUUAA